UACAAUUUCAAUCAACUAAUUUCGUAGACUUCGCCAUUGCUAAGCAAUUUUAUGUGGAACAUUUCAUAUUUUGCUCAGGUUAUUCGUUUUGAAAUCAGAAAUGCUGCCAUGUGAAGCUCCUGAUGCUGAAUGCAUCACAUCUUUAGCUGGUGUUAUAAAGACAAAAGAAGAUGCUCCUGAAAUGUUGAGUGAGAACGAUGUGUCCAAAAUAUAUUCUGAUGAUGAAGAUUCUGAUGAAGAUGAUUUUGAUCACAAUUUCACCGGAGGAUUUCUUGACGACUUUUACCGUAUUCGCAAAGACGUCACUGAAAAAUUAAAACAAUUUUCUUGGAUAAAUGGAUAUUGCGGGAUAACAUUCAACCCAGAACCACGUUUGUAUGUGACUGUAGUAAAGGAGAGAAAAAAUGAUGAAGAUUCUUUGAAGAAUGAGAUCAACGACAAAUUUGGUUGGAAAGCGUCUGAUUAUAUUGAUUUUCGUUAUGCCAACAGCUCAUUACCGACGUUUCGAUAUUUGUCAAAUCAAGGUUCUUAAGUGUAGUGACAAGUAAAAUUCGUUCAACAUUUUGAAGGCAACGGUUUUAUAUCUUUUUAUGAAACAUCGGAGCAAAACGACUAUUCAUUUGAAGCAAUACCUCGGGACCUAAUGACAAAGGCCAUAAACAUUUAAUAGCAAGAACGAUAUGAAACCACGGGUAUAGGAAAACCAUGUGUAUAGGAAGGCCUUUAUAUCAAUAGCGACUACAUCCAAAACUCCAGGUCAACGAAGUUCUUUCAGAAUCGAAUUAAAAAGAUUAUACGUACCCUUGUCGCAUAGCUACAUUCCUUAAAUAUUUGGCUUUAAAGAAUAUUCGUUUUUUAAUGCAUUCUUUCCUAAGAUUAUAUGUGUCCAUAAUCUAAGACUUUUAGAAGAAAAUAAUUGAGCGCUAUUUAGAUUUACUCAUUGAUUGCGUGCCGUUUACUUUACAUUUCUCUAUGGUCUCUACCGCUUUACGAAUAACGUUUGUGCCUUUGUGCCAUGAAAAAUGUGAAGUUAUUAAAAUACUUUUGUAAAAAAAUUCACAAGAUUUUAACGUCAUUAGGUCCCGAUUAUUGCUUCAAAUGAAUAGUCGUUUUGCUCCCAUGUUUCAUAAAAAGAUAUAAAACCGUUGCCUUCAAAAUGUUGAACGAAUUUUACUUGUCACUACAUUUAAGAUUAUGUUUGUCGAUUUCAAAUACUGGAGAAAGAAAUUUUUGCGAGUUAUUUUAUCCACUCGCAAACAUCGAGUCACUUAUUCACUCGCAAACUUCUCACACUCGAGAGGGACUCGCAACUGCAUCGCGAGUGACUCGCUCAAUCGCAACUCGUCCCUCUUGAGUGACUCGCAAUUGACUCGCGAGUCACUCGCCCACUCGCCAUUCGAUACUCGCGAGUAAAGUCAUGUUACUCGAGGUCGGUACUGAAUGCACAUCUGCUUUACGAGAGUUUAAAUCUUAAUGGGACUGAACCAAACCUGUUCACGAUAUUAUUAAUAUUUUAGAUAACAUACCUGCGUUUUACUCGUUGAACUAUGAUACAUGAAACACUAGCUGUAGUAGAUAAUCCUAAUAACCAAACGAAGUUAAAUUUUACAUCCAAACACACGAGAUUUUAUCCCAGACGAUUCUGUCUCGGCGAGUGAAUUGUUUUAACUGCUGCUUUUUUGUAGAGAAAAUUACAAAGCAACCGGUUUUGAUUAAAAAAAGAAUGAAAAACAAAAAAGAAGGUGUUUCGGGGGUAUAGUUUUUAUUAAAAUACGAAACUACAAAAGCAUUUAUAUGUUUGAUGUGUUUUUCUUGUUAUACUAUCAGCCAAACAAAUGUUCAAUGUCUUCGCAAAAAAUCUUUUACUUACAAUUUUGCUUGUUUUUUUUAGCGAGCAUGUUUAAUCGUUUACGUGUUUUUCUUUCUUGGUUUUGUGUGUUCUUCCUUGAGUGAACAAAUAUUUAUCGUUAACAGUGUUUCACACAUUGUUAACGACAAAUAUUUCUUGCUGCUGGCAGCGUUGCAUGUAUUUUAGUUCAACGGUAUUACUAAGAUAAAAUUGUAUUAUUUGUAAAUUGCAUAUUUUAAAAAGAGAUAACCAAAGUACAAUUAUACAAACGGAUUUAUAUAAAUUAUAAUUUGGUAUCAUAUAGUAACUACCAAGUAGAACCCAGGAAAUGAUAAAAAAGUAGCUUUAUGUAGAAAAGAAACAUGAGUGAUAUGUAGCGAACCGAAGAAGAUACGUGUUUUUUUAGUAGGGUAAAAAAAUCAAAUUUGGCCAAUAGAUCUCAGGCCUUUUAUUAUGUUAAACCAUUGAAAAAGUAUACUAAAUAUACAGUACAGCCAUUCCAUUGAA